AUGAAGUUGGCAUUUCCUCGACUUCAUGUGGAUGCAUCGGCUGUAGCCGGACUUAUUGAGUGGUAUUGCAAUCGACUGGGAAUGAGUGUCAUCAAAGAAAUAAAGACUGAAAAGGAGCUGAUACACUGGGUUGGUUAUCAGAGCGCGUCGCAAUCCGCGGUGGUAGAAUUUCGCUCGUCCCUCAAGCAAUCUACACCGCCAAAGUACUACAAACCGCAACCAUCGUCUGAUAUUUACUGGAAGAUAGGAUUAUCACUUGCAGAUGUAGACACUGCUCGUUCAAAGCUUUUACGUCAGGACGUGGAGGUCACUUCUCCAAGACAGUUCCGGGAUAUCGGAUACAUGUGCCACUUAAGCGACCCGUUUGGAUUUUCAUUAGAGCUGCUGCAACAUGAUUUCCAGUCUAAUUUUAGUUCUGAACGCGUACAAGCUUCUCUUGAACCGAAUCUGGCACUUGGGCAGCAAGUGCACAUCGGGCAAAUCACUCUUCGUGUUUCUGAUAUCAAUCGAAGCCUUCAAUUUUACCAGUCUACACUAGGUAUGAAGUUACUGUCAAUACAGAGCAUUCCAAACAUGUUCAACCUAUACUUCUUAGCCUGUACAGACGAGAAGCCACCUUCAGAUGAUGUUAACGCAGUGGAAAUCAGGGAGUGGCUUUGGAAAAGGCCUUACACCACUUUAGAGUUGCAGCAUUAUCCCGGUACGGACCGGAAGUACAACACUGCAGACUUGAACUAUGAAAGUGGGUUUACUGCGCUCGCGUUUAUAGUUUCUGCACAGCGUUUUGAGGAGCUUAAAGUCUCAUCUAGUGUGGAGGAUGUGGGAAAGAAUUAUCCUGAAUACAAUUCCAGUGUUCUAGAAUGCAAAGACCCUGACGGUACAAGUGUGUUGUUUAUAUCAGAUUAG